GGGCAUUGGUCUUUUGCAAAGAAAUGUACGGAUUUCAUUAGACAGGGUAGCGCUAUCAGUUUCCCUCGGUUUAAAACCGGUGCGCAGUUUAAAUGGGGUUUGCCUAGGAAUUCCUCCGAAUCGUUCGGUGGCCGGCUCAGGGCUCGUCUUGCUCAUAUUUGGAGAUGGUCGUAGCGGUGGAAUUUCCCACAAUGCAUCCGGCAUUUCCAAAGAAGUGCACAGAGCUGCCGUUGUGUCCCGUCGCGUUGACAGCUAAUGAGGCCAAACGGAACCGCUCGCGUUACAUUUAUUUGUUUUAGCCUCUGCAUAGCAUCGCUGUCACCCCACAUUGCCACAGCCUGAGCGGCCCCUCGGGGUGCUCUGUGGGCGGGGCCUCUGCAGCGAUGUCGGGGUUCAAUCUGCUCCACCUGGUGACUAAGAGCCAGCCCGUGGCCCUGAGACCCUGCGCCCUCCCCUCAGGGACACGCCCGAAGAAGAAGAGCUGGCCUGUGACCUUCUCUCAGGAGGACCUGAGGAAGCGCCUCUCACCCCUUCAGUACCAUGUGACCCAGGAGAGAGGCACUGAGAGUGCCUUCAGGGGGGAGUUCACUGAGCACAAAAGCGAGGGGACCUAUACCUGCGUGGUCUGUGGAGCCCCCCUGUUCAGAUCUGAUACAAAGUUUGACUCAGGAUCAGGAUGGCCCGCCUUCUCCGACCUGGUCAAUCAGGACUCUGUGGUCCUGACGGAUGACUACUCCUUCGGGAUGCACCGGGUAGAGACCACCUGCAGCCAGUGCGGUGCUCACCUGGGACACCUGUUUGAGGACGGGCCACGCCCCACGGGGAAACGCUACUGCAUCAACUCGGCUUCCCUGGCCUUCCAGCCCAAAGACCCGGCCCCGCCCCCUCCUCCCGCGGGGGCCGAGGGCGGAGCGGAGGCCGCUCCCACCAGCAAGACUGAGCUCUGAGUGUUACCAUAGCAACACUCCGCCCAGGCCCCGCCCCCGUGGCCCCGCCCACACCCACCCGCCUGGCCCCGUCCCAGCAUCACCUGGGGCAGCAGUGCUGAGCACCCUCUCAACUCCCACUUACCUACUGCCCAAAUACCGCCUGCCACAAAUACCCCAGUCUAUAAAUGCCCCACAACCGUGUUCCCCUGUACCCUAAAACAACACAAGAGAGUGCUCUGCUGGAGUGCCCCCUACUGGGAGGGUAGAUACCACAGCUGAACUCAAGCCUGAGGGGAUUCUUCUUGCCCCAGGGUCUAGUUGCCCCAGCUCGGGGCAGGUCUGGGAGGGGCAGCUGGAUGCUCAUGCUAACAGUACUUGUGUGUGAGCAUAAAUAGAUUAAGACAGGUCUGGAUGAUAUAUGCAAAAUCACUGUUAUUACUCCUUUUUGUUGCAAAUAUAUAUAUAUUACAGAGCUCUAUGUUGGGGGGAAAAAGAAAUAUAUAUUCUCUUUUGGCACAAUGAGUUAUUUUUGAAGUGAUAUUUGAUACUGAGAGUGUGAUGGUUUGGGUGAAAACGCUAUGCAAGUGCUUUUGAGGGGUCAUAAAAUAAGCACCAAGCCAAGAACAAAGCAUUCUUUCAAAUAAAAUGGAACAGAUGAGAAAUGUUUAGUCUGAACACAAAUGGAUCCUGGCUUUUAAGGGUGCCUGUUUGGCCUCAUGUCCCAGUGCCUCUUGUACUGAAUUUAUAAUAUUGUGUGUUCUGAUUCACUGAACGUGUUGAGAAGAGAGUUAUGAUUAAAUAAAGCUUGCAAGGAAAAAGUC